AUGGAAACAACUGCCAUAAUUAUUCAUGACUUAGUAAUACAGGAUGAACCAAACCAAGUAGUGAAGUUAAACUUAUGGGUGCGAUUGAAAUGGAAUGACUGUUUAUUACAAUGGAAUCCUAGCGACUUCAAUAAUACGCAAUAUAUUAUUGUGCCGAUUAAAAGGAUCUGGGUGCCAGAUGUUACACUUUUUGACAGUAUCACCAUAGAACUUUCCGGUAUGAAAAGUUAUAAAGCUAUUGUCUAUCAAGAUGGAACAGUCUAUUACAACUUCCCAACGCUCAUCGAAUCCAUUUGUCCUAUAGACGUUACAAGCUUUCCCUUUGAUUCUCAGAUGUGUCCUCUAGUCUUUGGUUCAUGGGUAUACCAUGGGUUGCAGCUUGACAUUCAACCAAGGAAUAAUCCUGGUGAUUUAUCAUCUAUGAAGAAGAAUGUUGAAUGGAUAAUUUCAAAUGUUGAAGUUGAAAGACAUGUUGCAACAUACGGAUGCUGUCCGGAACCGUAUCCAGAUAUUACAUUUUACAUUCACUUACAACGUAAACCGGCAUAUUAUGUAACGAAUAUAAUUAUACCGUCAGUGAUUAUUACAGUGUUGGCUAUCCUAGGCUAUUACCUACCAGUGGAGUCCGGCGAAAAGGCGUCAUUAGUUAUCACAAUUAUGCUGUCAUUGUCAGUUUUCCAGUUACUUGUAGCAGACAAGUUACCACCAUCAGCUGAUGCAACGCCUUGGUUAAUGUUUUUCUUCAAUUUUAUUCUUGGGAUGUCUGCCGUUUCCACAAUGAUACAGGUAGCUGUUAUCAAUAUUUAUCACCGCGGAGAGAAGUCUGUGCCAUUGUGGAUGACAAAGUAUAUUAUCGUACCAUUGUGUUCAAUAACAAUGGUUCAGAUUCCGGGAUACAUUUCAUCAAAAUGUUGCAAAAAGAACCAUGUUGAAGAUAUAGUCGAGAAAGACAAAGAACCGACUAAUACGGCUUUAUGGAAGUGUUUUUCUGUUGCACUAGACAGACUUGGCAUUAUUUUAUUUGUAUUCACUGUAACUGUAGGAUGCGGUUGUGUAUUUGGUCAAAUAACGUCAUGACAAUUCACGACAA